AUCAACUUGAUUUUCUCUUGUCUUAGAAUUGCCGUGAUAACGUAGAAGUUCAUAAUCACAGCACAUGCUACAUUGGUCCUCUCUUUAUAGGUUUGCCGACCAAGGAUCCAAUGUUGAAGCUGUACGUUGCUACAGUGGUGAGACAUAUCACAGAAAACAUGCCGCCGGACAGUCCUAAGACGAAAGGCAAUGAGGUAAAGAGUCUACGAUCCUUAAAGACACCAGAGCUGAUGAGAAGGGUUCAAGAUAUGACUAAAUCCCUCGAUAGGGGACUCCGUAAGCACAACUCCUGUGAAGAACUCAGAUCUGAAACCACUGUUCCAGGCACCUGGCUUUUCGGUACCAGUUCCCCAUCAGCCAACAUUCCAAGAGCUGACGUUGAACCAGUUAUCAGACCGGAUUUGUUACCUUCAGUGAUGGUCAACCCAUCAAGACUCGAGGAGAGAUUGGUAAAAUGUCAAGCGGAGAAAGACGACGCAGAACAGCGCUGUAAAAGACUAAUGCAGUCUAUAGCUAGUGCAGCUGAGGCGCACGAAAAGGAGGUCUCAAGAUUGCAGCAGGAAAUAGAUAUUGCGAGAGAACAGAAGGACAUUGCUAUUAAACGGUGCGAAGCCACGUUUGUCAACAAAAUGGCGAAAAUUCGGCAAGAAACGGAGGCAGCUAUCCAUGAGGCAAACGCACGGCUUAAUCAAGCAGAGAGGGACCGGGCCGAGGUACUCCAUCUUCAGAAUACAUUCAGAUUAUCGUGGGUCCCGGAUGAGCUUGUCAACUACUGUUCCAACAACAAGUGUCGAGCACCCUUCACACAGACAAGAAGACGCCAUCACUGUCGAUGUUGCGGUCGUGUUUUCUGUCACAACUGCACGGAUCAGUCAACGCCAAUUCCAGCCUUUGGUUAUUAUCAACUUGUAAGAGUGUGUAAUCCCUGCUACGCUCUGAUAGAUGACAUGUUCUGUGAGGAGCCAGUUGUUUCUACAGGCGCCACGUGACAAGAGGGUUGGACAGCGUCGAAUAACUUGACUACCACGUACUUAGAUUCAAAAUCAAACGGAAAACCAAGUAUCGUGCUCGAAAAUCUUCGUAACAAUACUAGAUGAGCUUCCGAGCCUUAUUCUCGAAUCACAGUACUUGAGAGUACUAGCUGCUUUAACUUGACAUCAUACGUUUACGUUAUUAGUUGCCUAGCAACGUCUUGGGUAAAUACCACCGCUUCAGUUGGUUCUUCAGACUGAAUCAUAUUCAAAACAGCAACUUGUUUGGGACCCAGCUUUUAUUAUAAAUAAGGACGAGAGAAUGGAUGUGUAAAAAUUGGAAAGAUGCUCUAAGAGCACAAACUCUAAGUUUAUUAUUCCAUCAAGUUUCACUCAACACGUUAGUCUUUGUAGUGUAGAGGUUUCAAUUUAGGUAACACAACGGAAUCAAGAAUCGCGCAAUUUGACAUGAA